AUGGGCAUCCCCAUGGUCUCCUCCGAAACCAUGAUGCAUGCCUUCACCCAAGGGCUUACGGACGAUGACUUCUUCCGCUCGCUCAUCCAGAAGCCACCCCGCGAUUAUGAUCAUAUGAUCAAGAAGGCAAGCGAGUAUAUAAAUGUAGAGGAGGCUCAGGCGGCCCGAAGGAAGGAGGCUCCGAUCGAGCCUAUUGCGUCGAUCGAGCGGAGGCAGCCUGUUAAUCAUCAACCACCCAGAGGACCCCAAACCGAAGGGAUAAGGCCCCAUCAAGAAGCCAUGCCACACGUCGUUCAGCAUGUGGCUUCCGAGCGACCAAAGCCGAAGGGAAAGGUAUGGACUCUCAUAUUUUGUUCUUUCCACCAGUCUGCCAGCCACAACACACGAGAUUGUCGGGGGUUCGCCCCGGGCGUCCAGUCAGUCCAGAGGAACUAUCGUCGUCGAUCGCCCUCGCCCGGCCAGUGGCGCCCAGAUGCCGGGCAGCGAACGAUUAGACGGUUGCCCGAUCGAAAGCACCAUCGUUCACCUAGGAGCGGCGAUCGACCCCGGGCCUCACACGAGCGAGCUAGGCCCUCUGCUCAGGAAGAGGAAAACAAGAGCAACACCGCUCGGGGGGAGAUCAACUUCAUAGUGAGAGGACCGACCGACGGAGAUUCCAACCGAGCCCGCAUGUCACACGCCCGACCGCUAGAGAUCCAUGGCAUUGGUUGCAGCCAGGAGAAGGCGAGCGGGCCUGAAAUCAAUUUCGGCCCCAGGGAUCUCGAGGGAGUCAAAGUGCCACACGACGAUGCUCUUAUCAUCCGAGUGGUAAUAGUGAAUUAUACUAUUCAUCGCAUCUUCAUUGACACAGGGAGUUCGGUCAAUAUCCUCUUUAAGAAGGUGUUCGACCAACUCCAGAUCGAUCACGCUGGGCUGCUACCAAUGACAACCCCCCUGUACGGGUUCACGGACAACGAGGUCCAGCAGCUCGACCAGAUCAAAUUGGCCGUGUCGCUUGGAGAGGAGCCCCUCCGGAGGACGAGAGUAACCAACUUCAUCAUAGUGGAGGCCCUCUCAGCAUAUAACGUCAUUUUGGGCCGGCCGACCCUCAAUGAAUUCCGCACGGUCAUCUCGACUUUUUGCCAAAAGAUCAAAUUCCGAGUUGAGGAUCGAGUAGGAGAAGUGAAGGGAGACCGGCUAAGACCCCACGAAUCGAGGUAA